UUUGCAGUUUUAUUCGUUUAUUUGUUUGUUAUAGCUUUUUUUAAUAACUUUUACGUAUUUACGUAUAAUACCCGUGUGCGCCGUGCUCUGUUUACCGAUGGCGUUGACGUUUCACCGACAUAUACAGACUUUCAACACUUUCUGGUUACGCUACAAAAAGUUCAACGCUGAUUAAGAGGCUUCUGGUUUUUAUUCCUGCGGUUCUAAUGGCUUACUAUCCUUACCAAGUUCAGGGAGCAGCGUUCCCUGAUGCCCUGUCGGAGCGGAGAGCUGCUGACGCACGGCUGCGCGCAGCUGCGGGGCUCCGGAGUCGGCCAGUGCGUCCUCGCACCAUAAAUGUUGUUGAAGGACCCGAACAAUGGAUGGAUGACGAUCCCAAUGUCACACUGGAAUCAAAGGAUCUUUGGAGUGAAUUUUACAAGAUGGGGACUGAGAUGGUUAUCACAAAAUCUGGGAGGAGGAUGUUUCCACCCUUCAAAAUCUGUGUGAGUGGGCUGAAGGAAAGCGCAAAAUACAUCCUGCUGAUGGACAUUGUCGCUGUUGACGAUUGCCGCUACAGGUUUCACAACUCCAGAUGGACAGCGGCCGGAAAAGCUGACCCGGAGAUGCCAAAGCGCAUGUACAUUCACCCAGACAGCCCGUCAAAAGGAGAGCAGUGGAUGAGCAAGCCUGUUGCUUUUCAUAAACUCAAACUCACCAACAACAUCUCAGAUAAGCAUGGAUUUACAAUCCUUAAUUCCAUGCAUAAGUACCAACCCAGGUUUCAUAUUGUGAGGGCUGAUGACAUUAUGAAGCUGCCAUACAGCACCUUUAGGACAUACGUUUUCCCAGAAACUGAGUUCAUUGCUGUCACUGCCUAUCAGAACGAAAAGAUAACUCAGCUGAAAAUUGACAACAAUCCCUUUGCCAAAGGGUUCAGAGAUACUGGGAAUGGCAGACGAGAGAGAAAGGGCAAACAGUUCAGUGCAACAGACCAGAACAGUGCUGAUUCUGAUGACUCAUCUGUCGAACCCAGUGCUAGUGAGCCGCUAACUUCUCCUCUGGAACUGGUCAGCAGCCCUCUGAUAUCCUCACAAACCUGUGAAAAUGCAAAGGAUACUGACGAUGAUUCAGAUAAUGACCUUGAAUAUAAUUAUGCUUUGAAAACCAGCCUUUCUAGGAAUGCAAGUGCAAUAAGGCUGAUGGAUGGAGAUGUGGACAUGUUCGGCCUCAGUAAAAGCAACAACAGUAACAUUGAAUUGAAGAAGAUGGGGAUUAGCAGAGGACAUUGUUACAAUCAGUACUCUUUGGAAUUAGGCUCUAAUGAAACCCAAAGGAAUGUAAUGGAAGAUGGAGGGCCUUCUUCAAUGUUACAAUCACAUAGCUCUGCCUGCCUCAGUACAUUUCAUCUCCCAACUUUGGAUUUCUCAAGUGUGAACCACCAACCAUCAGCCAUUAGCGUAGGAGCAUCUUUUCAGCAAGGACAGCUGAGAAUGACACCAGAGAGGUUUUCAUUUUCAGAUACAGGAUGUGGAUUUACCCCUUUGCUGGGAAGGAAUGAUUUUGAAAGAGGGUUCCAGUCAUCUCAAACUCUGCAGUCUUCAGCCCCAUUUUCUCUCUCACAGCCUACUUUGACAUCUCAGGGAGACUCUCUGUCACCUAUUGAUGGAAUGUCAUCCUAUUCAUACCGCUGUAUGGCUCCAGUAGGCGCAAGUAUUCCGGCUCUCCCCAUAUGUUCUGCCAGCCCAUCUCUUUCUGGAAUCCAUCAUCACAGAAACCUUCAGCCUUUGUUGAGAAUAAGUCCUUAUCAGAUCCCAGAAUCUUUCAAUGGUUGCCAACAUCUAACCAGCAGCCUGCCUGGAGGGUCACUAUCACAGCCUGAUCUGUCCAAAUCUGGGAGCAAAGACUGGAGAUUCCUGCCUGGGUGUUAUAAUUACAAAACGAAGGCCAGGCACAAGACUUUUGAAAUGGAACAAAACAUAAGGUUUGGGAUGUUACACAUGGAUAGCAACUGGAAUAAAUGA